GAAAUUUGUAUGUGUGAAUUAUGAUUGAGGAAAUGUGUACAAGCGGAUGUGAAAGCAUUGAAGAGAUUUCAGCAAUGGAGAUUCCAAAUUCCCAUGGAGAUGCACGGCGGAGUAGAGAUACAGAUGUUACAAGCUCCGGCACCGGUAAGCGAAGAAGAUUGGAUUCUCAAGAUCAGGAGAAUGUUUUUCAACUUCGGUUUCAGUCUCGACGUGAAAUUGACGUCAAAUUCUUUCAGAAUGUUGUUUUGACGGCGGUAUAUGGUGUUUCUGAUCAUGUUUCGUCGUUAAUCUGCUCCAUCAAUGAUGAUUCGAGACCAUAUCUAAAGAUCUUAAUUAAUUCGAUUGAAUGUUCAUUUACAGGUGGAAUAUCUUUCUUAAACCGAAAUCUUCAUGUCCAUAGAGAGACAUCUGCAUCAAGCGUGGUUUCAUUAGAAUCAGAAGAAAUGGAGUCGUUAUCCACGUCUACUCCAAAGAAGAAGAAGAAGACCUCAACAGCAAACGAAGCUACUUCCAGUCAUAAACCACCACCGGAAAAGUCUCCUUCUCCGGCGGAGCUUAAAGAAUUUUUCUCGGAAGCGGAAAAGUACGAACAGAAACGAUUCACAGAAAAGUACAACUAUGAUAUCGUGAAAGAUGUUCCGAUGGAAGGAAGGUACCAAUGGAUUCGAUUAAAGCCAUAAUCGAUGGAUCCAUCAGCUGUCGAAUUGGAAGGAAGCGGUCUAAUUCUUUCAAGGUGUAAUAUUUUUGGUGAAUUUGAAAUUUGUUCUGAUUGUCUAAUUUUUACAGAAAAUUGAAAGUUGUUUUGAUGCACACCAAGCGCUCGCUAAAAUUCUUCAACUGAAUGGUAUUUCUUCGUUUAUAGUAUUCUAUCAGAAAAGAAUGUUUUUUAUGAUAAUCAUGAACACAUUCUGUUAGAAUGCCCUGAAUUAAUAUAAUUUUUGGUAAAUGAAUUCCAAUUCUAUCAUAAUGGAAUCACGAAUUCCAAUUAUGUUGGAAUGGAAUAUGGAUAUUUUCUCAAUAAUUU